GGACGGAAAGAACAUCUCAUCGGAGUCAAUACCGCAUUCAUCACUGAUCUCACAUUUUAAGAGAGACCAUCUCGAAGGCGAUAGCAACAAACACGGCACUGCACAACAUUCUUCUGACACCUUGAUGUCUAAAGAAGCUGAUGCAUUUAGGCAUUUGUUAUCAUCGAAGAUUACAUGCAACUGGGUACCUCUUGAUGUUGCAUUUGAUCCUGGUAGCUCGCUGGCAAGCGUUCUAGAUUCGAAUAACUGUAACUUGAAAGUUGUCGAAGUGCUUGCUGAUUGGAGUUAUCGACUAUUGAAAAGGCCAAAGACAUCUGCUCGAGCGCCGGCAGCGUUUUCCAAUUGCGUCCAACAACAGCGGUAUGAAGAUUUACCGCACUACCUGUUGGGCGUGGCAAGGAGUCACGAUCGUUUUCGUCGGCGUCAGGCGGCUCUGAUGGUGUUGGCUAAUCUCGGCAAGUUCACCCUGGAUAUCUGUCAUUGCGUGGUGUCUAGUUUAUCAGAAAAUUUGUUUGUGUCAACGCUUGUUCUGAAGUCCGUCUGGCGCUUUGUGGAAGCUGAUACCGAAGCUUUGCAAUUCCUUUGCGAACAACUGGAUAGUGGCAGCUUUCUGCUAGUUGCAGCUAUUUGUCGCCUACUUUCUGCGUUGUCUGCCAACAAGAAGCUCUCUCUUUCGCAGAGAAAUUUGAUGCUUGGAAAACUAAACAAAUUUGCUAGUGAACUGCGCGAAGAUCAACCGAUCAUUCUUUUUCGACACGACAGUAAGACAUUUGAUCAUCCGUCUCUAGCAGCUGUGGUAGGCGAGACGGUCACGUCCACGUGGGGACUGGUGGUCGACGACGCGCUGACAGUUCCUUUUCAACUUGGACAGUCCGAUGGUAAUGGAACGUACUGUUACACUGCGGAUGAAACGAAUCCGAUUUGGUAUCGUUACUGUCAGCCUUUGAACUGUUGGUAUUGGACCCCGUAUGAGGACUCGAGUUGUUGGAUGCCUGUUUCCACGCUGGCCUUGACCAAAGGAUUCUUGACUGGACAGAAACCGGUUACUGCCAACCAGCAUUGCAUCAGAUAUCUUAAUCUUGCCAAUCCCACUCCUUCGGCUGAAGUAAUUGAUAUAAAUAGAAAUUGGAUUCCAGAACAGUAGAAUAAAGUGUCGCUCGACGUUUGCUGUGAACUUCCUUGUUAUGUAUACCAUUGUUUGCUGUGGUAGUUGCUGGCAAUAAUAGCUGCUUACCAAUCUAUGGCACGCAUAAAGUCGUUUAUAUCUGUGAAUGAACAGUUUAUGCAAUAA